AUGCUGGCGUGUGGAGUCGCAUGGCAAGUCUGGUUAAUUGCAAAUCAGAGGAGGAUUAUGAUCAGUUAUGUGACUUACUUGCAGGAUUCCAUCAUCUUUCUUUCAUUAAUUGAGGCUGUUCAGAACUCUGCAAAGCUUGACAAGCAAGAUAUCAUUCAGUAUCAAAACCGUGACUACUUUGGAGUUCAUCACUCGUAUAGGACAGCAAAUAUGGAAGCUAAUUAUCUACGCCAUUUAGCUCGUGAAGAAUCUCGAAAACGCCGUCGGUCAUCAUCAGCACAUUUAUCUUCACAGUUUGAUCGUAGGUCACAAACCCGACCAAGGAUAACCCGAUCGCCUUCGGAAAGCUUUCAAAGCCCUUCAGUGAAUAUAUUGUCUUUCGAGGAGCAGCGGCAGGCCUUGGAGCUCCGACAAAUCGAGAUUAAGCUGAGAAGAGAAGAGGAAGAAGUUCGGGCUCUUCAACUUCAAAAUGAGGAGAAGGAAUUGGAAUUUAUGGAAAGACGGAGAAGACUGCAGGAAUUUGAUUUCUAA